UAAAAAAAGAGCAGAAUUAGAAUUAGAUUCAAUGUUUUGUUUGUGUCUUUAAUUUAUGUGAUUUGUCCAAUCAUGGGCUUCUCCAAUUUUCCGUACCCUUCUUCACAAACCGCUUCAUAUAUAAAUAAAUUCUCUCUAACAACCCUCCUCCUUUACCCUAUAAAAAGCCUAUUUAAUCCUUGCUCUCAUAUAAUAUGGCUGACGAUGAGGAUUUCCAAGGUGCAGCAGGGAUUUGCGGUGAGAACUGGUGGAGGAGUAUUGAUUCAACAAGGAGUGUGUUCCCUCCUCUAACCUCAUCAUCAUCACCUUGUUCCGUGGCACCACCCACCGACACUAGAACUUGGCCAAGUAGUGAUGAUCAUCAUCAUUGUUUCAUGGAUUUGAAGGCACCGGCGUGUGAUAUUAUUAGUAACAAUAAUAAUAAUAAUUACCAUAUGGGUUUUCAUGAUGCACAAGAGAAGCCACACAACAACAAGACUAGUACUAAUGAAUCACAAAGUGGAAGCAUCUUGAUCGAUUCAACCUUCCAAAUGAUGGGUUUUGGCUUGUCUUCACCCAAUUGGGAUCAUCAAUCUCUGUUAGAGAAUAAUAAUUGGAGCAGAAAGAACUUUGGAACCCAACAACAAGAAGUUUCAAGUACCAUGGAUGUUUUCAAGCGCAUGAAUAACCAAGAAUUUUCCUCAUCAACACUGAUUCAAACAUUAUAUGAUCCACAGCGCUCAUCAUCAUCAUCAUCACUUUUCACCAACCGUUCCAUGUCCUAUUCAUCAUCUUCUACAGUGAAUUAUCAUCAUGCCUCCGAUGAAGUGUCACUGUCACCAAUCACAUGGCCUAAACUCUCUUCUUCUUCUUCUUCUUCAUCUUCUUCUUUAUCCCUACUUCCACCAAUGGCAAAGCAUCCUGACAAUAACAAUAUUGGACUUCACUUUUCCAACAACAACAACACCCCUUUCUGGAACGCUUCCUCCGACGCUUUUCCUUUUGAAGAAGACAACAAACCCAAUUCCCCCAUUAUUCUACUUAACAAGCUUAAGAGCGAAGAAUUGUGUCUGGAGUCGGUAAAGAAAAAUAAUAAUGUUUGCUCAUCACCACCUCCAUUCAAAAGGCCAAGAAUUGAAACUCCACCCCCUUUACCAACUUUUAAGGUUCGGAAAGAGAAGUUAGGGGACCGAGUUACUGCUCUUCAGCAACUGGUUUCACCUUUCGGAAAGACCGACACUGCAUCCGUUCUCCACGAAGCCAUUGAGUACAUCAAGUUUCUUCAUGAUCAAGUCAGCGUAUGUUUUGAGUACUCCAUAUAUGAAGAGUGGAGCUUCCAUUCAACCCAAUCAGGAAUGUAAUGAUUGGAAAGAGUCAUCAGAAGGGGCAAAAGGAGAUUUGAGAAGCCGAGGGCUAUGUUUGGUACCAAUUUCAAGCACAUUCCCGGUUACUACGGAGGUGAGUGCUGAUUUCUGGACGCCAACAUUAUCAUUGGGAGGAGCACUUCUAAGAUAGAGAGAGAAAAAACAAUUUUGGAUGUGUGAGAGGCAGCGGAGAGAGGUUGUUGAAGAAAAGAAAGAAAAGAAGGGAAAGCAACAAAGUGAGAAAGAAACAAGAAAUUAAAGUAAGUGACCCUUCAAAAUGCUGGGCCAAACUAUACAAGCAGAAUGAUGUAGCCUGCCAAGUGAUUAGUGACCACUCAAACAUUUUAAGGUUAAUAACCACCAUCACUAUAUAUGGUCGGUGACACGGGGUAGGAACAAGUGCUAAAUUCAGCCACAAUUAACAUUAGAUUAUAGAUAUUAAUAUUAUUAAACUUUGUUGUUGUUGAGGGGCAGAAUUUAGCAGAUGGGGUAGUUAAUAAGCUGCCUUUUGUUCCUGCUCAUUCCUUUUAUUACUACUGAUUAUUAUUAUUAUUAUUUUGUUUAACUUAAUUAUAUUUUUAUUUUGUACAAAAAAAUAAACCUGUUUAUCAUUAUCAGAAGUAAUGCAGUAAUGCUAUACAAGUUCAACCA